CUGUUUUGGGGAACUAGGAUUAGGCGCCAGGUUGAGCCUCCAGUUUGGGCCAGGGCCGCCCAGCCCCCAACAUUCCUAGUGGGCUGGUCCCCCAGGCCUCGACCAUAGCUUUUUGGGCAAUCAGGAAUUGGAGCCACUAGCGGAGGGAUGUCUUCCCAGCACCCACCGCCCCCUUCUGCCCACCUCUGGUAUAAGAUUUGUGACUUCCUCUGAAUGCCUCAGACUAAGGCUCCAACCCUGAGAAGGGUGAACUUGGCUAACAGCGUAGUGUUGUGGGCACACACCUAUGCUCGAGUACACAAUGUCUCCCAUUGUUGGGUGUACACAGAAAUUCCCCCAGGAUCAGCCGGAGGAUUCCCAUGGCGCAUCCACCCUGCUACCACUGCCAAUUGGACAUGGCUAGCUGACCAGGACUUCGGCAACGCCUCCUGGGACCCAGUGCACCAAGUUACAGAGACUCUGAUCCAGCAGGACCACGGCAAUACCCGCCCCUUUAUUGGUUAUGCAGUGUGGAAUGUUUGGGGGUGGCUGUUAGGAGAGCAAAUAGAAUUAAGAGAGCUUGCAGACAGGUGUGUGGAGCAGCAGCAAUGCAGUAAGGAUCACACUGUUGGCUGGCUGCCUCCAGACUUGUGCCGUAAUGUAGCUACUAAUGUCGAGGUCCAGAAACCCUGGAAUGGAAAGCAUUAUAAUGGCACAAAGCUUGUAGAUAUGAUAAUGCCAGGAUACUUAUGGAAGGUAUGGCUGGCCCUACCUUCUAGAAAAUUGGUCAGGUCGAUAUACCUGGGGAAGGCCCUACAUCCGUGGGUAAAUUCUUAAGACUUUAGGAAAGAUUCCCCAUAACUGGGGCUCAGUUUGCCACCAGUGGCAUUAUGUUAAACAGAUUCCCUGGUGGUUUGCCCCUUAGUUGUGUUCCUUCCUAUAGGAGAAACAAUUAGGGUAGAAUUAGAAGUGAUAGUUUUAGCCAAGCAUACAGCUAAAACUUUGAAUCAGACCUGGCAAGCCCUUACUUUAAUGAUGGAUGAAACCACGCAGAUGCGUGGUACUGCAGAAUAGAGUGGCACUAGAUUUGUUAACUGCUGC